AUGCGGGGGGGCGUAUGGGUGUGCCUUUGGUGGCUGAUUGCCACCGCUGUUAUCGUGCAUGCUUCGCUAUUGGAUGACGACGAAGACGAUACAGCGAUGCUACGUCGCACGCUUCGGCGCAUGGAGCGCGAACGGUCCGAAUUGCAUGGCUAUAUGCAUCACAAUGCUACGCAGCAAGGCAACUUUACUCUCCAUCGCGAUCAAGAUCCUCACCUCGAUGCCAUCCAGGCCUCCUGGAAACAUGUACGCUCCAACGAUGCUGCCUAUUAUCGCAAUAUCAGCGCGUUUUUCCGCGGCAACUUUACCGCGUACAAUACGUCUGAUUCGACCAAGACACAGCGACGUGAGCGUGGCGAUUGGCUGUGGUGGCAUCGCACGCCUACGUCGUCCUACGCCUUGAGUGCAGAGCCGGUGGCGCACACCAAUGUCUCUCGUGUAUGGGGCGAAAUGGUACUCAGGGCGUUCUCGUUCAACGGGACAUUGUCGAUGACGGCGUGGGACAUGGCUGGCGUGCAUGAUCCAUCCACCGGUCGCUUGUACAUGGUCGGCGCGCCACAGACGUCGCCAAUACCGCUGGAUAUGCGCCAAGUUCUUGCUCUUUUGCCCUCGUCGGCCGACCAACUACGCAACGAUACAUACACAGCGUGCCUCGCUGAUUUGGAAGACCGCAUAGCGCGUGUAAAGUCCAUGCUUGCAGAGAGCACGCCCAUCACGUACACGCCCACGCUAGGCCAGGCGUCCCACAACUGCACUUUGCAGCUGUAUGGCCAAGAGUACCCUGCAGGGCCAGCUAGCGAGCAAGCCUCGCUGGACUGGAUUUUGCGUGAAAUGAACGAACCUCGCGGCAUUGUCGUGCCACGCGCGCCGAACCUGGUGCUGGACAUGGCCGCGGUAUCCUCGCGAUGUGGUUUGUACCUGGAAUCGCGCGAGAUGGAAGCUGUGCCUCGGGCUGUGUUCUGGGGCCAUGCACGGUACUACGUCGUGGGCAUGGCGCUGGUCCUUCUUCUCCAGUUGGUACUGAUGUCGAAAGAGUGUGAACGUGUCCAAACACACAGCGAUUAUGCACGUCUGGCCAGUGGGACAUGGUUCAUUCAGACCAACUGCGAUGCGUUCCUGAGCCUCGGCCAUUUCAUGGCCGCUUUCCAGCUGGAAGGCGCUUUGUCGUUGGCGAUGAUGGCACUGGGGUUCAUGUCCGGCACCCUGUUCAUGGUCUUUGAGUACCGCUUGCUCGUGGCGAUGGUGCGCCAAUCGAUGGAGGAGGAGCGGGCGCGCGUACGUGACACGCCCCCGCAUCCUGAGGCUACUGAGGCGACCUCUACGGCCUGGUCGCGCGACUGGAUGAAUCGCUCACGGACGCAGGUGCGUGCCAAUAUGCGCAGUGUCCUGUCGAAUGCGCUGGUCGUCGCUUUCUUCGUCAUGUCCUUUGCGGCCCCUGAGCUGCUGGGCUACAUUCUGCUCCCCAUACUCUGCUCGUUCUGGGUGCCGCAAAUCGUGCACAAUGUACGCCGAGGCUCUACCGGCCUUCAGCCAUCGACUGUGAUCGGCAUGACGCUCACUCGAUGUUACAUGCCGCUGUACCUGUUCCAAUACCCAGACAACCUGUUCAAGGUGGAGACGUCGCCGUAUGUAUGGAUUCCUAUUCUGUGGUGUCUAUGCCAAAUGCUCGUCUUGCUUGGGCAACACUACCUAGGCCCGCGGUUUUUUGUGCCAUCCGCGAUGCGGCGGACGGAGCGUCAAUGGCAUUGGCACCCCUCACCCACGGAGCUGGCUGCGCUCUUGCCAUCGCACGAUGAUCUUCCCGAGAGCGCAUCCCCUGCGAUGGAGGACCCUGCCUCGAUACCCCUGGGCGACUGCCCCAUCUGCCUGAUGCCCAACGAUUGGACACUCGACGAGACGUGGACGCCGCCCACGUCGCAUGGCUCCUGGCGCGCAUGGGGCCAUGCAUCGACGACACGGCCUUCGGGCGUCAUGGUCACGCCGUGCCGUCACAUCUUCCAUACGUCGUGCUUGAUGCCGUGGAUGAACAUCAAGCACAUGUGCCCAAGUUGCCGCCUGCCGCUGCCUGAGUACGAGGUAUGA